AUGUCAUACAAGUUUAACCAGGUCCUACCUCAGCCUCUCAAACUCCCACUGCACGAUGUGUAUCAGGAGGAGGAGGCUCCUGCUGACCUGCUUCGUGAUCAGGAGAGGAACUCUGGUCUGCACCAGAAGGAUCCAGACCAUCUCCAGAUUAAAGUGGAACAAGAGGAACUCUGCACCAGUCCUGAAGGAGAGCUGCUUGUGCAGAAUCAGGAGAGUGAUACCUUUAUAGAAACUCCUACUUAUAAGGAAAGGGACCACAGUGACACAGAACCAGACAAUUACCAGCUACUCUGUCACAACUUUUUUGUAGAUGAGAGGUCAGAUCAGGAAAGAAGUAAGCAUGCAGACUUGGGACAAACCUCAAAUGCAAAGCUGAAGCCAACGAAGACACAUCACAGAAACAACAGUCACAGUAACAAUGUAGACAACACUCCCAUGGCUGAGAGUCCCUGUAAAACUGACAGAGGGAGAAAGAGUUUAACAUGUGAGGUCUGUGGAAAAGCCUUUAAAAAUAAGUACUACAUGAAGAAGCAUUACAUCAGUCAUACAGAUGAGAAGCCGUUCUCUUGCAAAACCUGCGGAAAAAAUUUUAGUCAAGGGGGUGAUUUGAAAGUCCACACGAGAACUCACACAGGUGAGAAACCAUAUGUUUGUAACACAUGUGGAAAACGAUUUUCUAACACAUCAAAACAUAAAAGGCACACAGCAAUCCACAAAGAGGAAAAGCCAUAUUCUUGUGGAACAUGUGGGAAAAGUUUCUGCCGUCAGGAUAAUUUGGGGCUUCACAUGAGAACUCACACAGGUGAGAAGCCGUACUCUUGUAAAACCUGUGGAAAAAGUUUCCGUCAAGGAGGUACUU